GCGGGGGCCCCUCGCGUCGUCGCCAUGUCGUCGGACAGCGACAAGGAGGAGGAGGAAGAGGAGGAGGGUGCAGCUGAGGCAUCACGUGACAGCAAGAUGGCCCCACCAGACGGGCGACUGCCUCGCCGCCGCUGGGCCCGGAACUCGUGCGGUGGCGACACCAGCGACGUUGCCAUGGUGACAUCCAUGUUGGACCUGAGACAGCUGGACUUGUACUGCUCCAAUGGCGGGUUGCCGACACGCCCACUUGACGACGGCCCCUCAUCAUGCGGCCCCCGGGGCAUCUGGAUCUCGGGGGCGGGGCUUCACAGGGCCGAUCAGCAGCUGGGAAGUCGCCUCAGUCUCCAGGUGGAGCACACGGAGGCGCUGGCCGAUCCCAGGCCAGACUUCACCUCGCUGUCCAAUCCGAUCGUGGAGAGGGAGCCGCCGGUGCUGUUUCCUGACCAAUGGGAGGACAGAGUGAGCCCGAGCGGCGACUUUGAGGUGAAGGCCGCCAGUCCUCCAAGCGGACAGGACGACAAACCCAGUCCGGACAGCGGUUGCUCUCUCAGAUUCAACUCCAGGACCUCCAGUCCUGACAGGACGGCGGCCAAAAAUGGCCUCAGUGACGACGCUGACUCCCUGGACGAGGACGAGGACACCGGCCCGGUCCCGCAGACUCCGGACCAGGAGGCCUUCCUCAAGAAACACUUUGCCACGCUGGGCGACGUCGCAGAGGGACCCAGCAGAACCGCUGGCAGCUCCAGCGAGAGCCUCAGCAUGUCAUCCAGGUUCCUCUGCCAGAGCUCUCCCGCCAGCCGAAGCGUCCCGAAAUCAGACGGGACGGAAACCACGUCCUACCCGGCGGUCCCCGAGGUUCGGGAACGGGACCCGAGCGCGACACGGACUUCCAACCAAACAGGAAGUUGUCGGCCAGAAGAGGAGGAGGAACAGGACGUCGCGACUUCCACAGAAAGGGAGUCGGCCCAUCGGCGGAUCGGCGGUGGCACGGACGGCGUGAUCCUUCAGCGUCCCACCUCCCUCCCCUCGGCCCCCCGACGCACCGCGGCCGCAGCCCAGCCACAUCACAACCUCGGGUCCGCCGGCCCCGGGUCUCCCCAGCGGGCGAUUGCCGCCGCGACGCCGCCCCGGAAGAGCUCGCCCCCCUCGGCGGGCCCUCCGCGCUCCUACAUGAGUCCGACCGCCAGCUCCGCCGCCAAAAUGUCUCGCUCCGCCUCGCUGGGCGACGCCCUCAACCGAGUGGGACUGACGGCGGGGGCGGCGUCCGGCGCUUGCCGAUCCCCCGCCGCCGCCGUGUCUUCUUUUACCUCGCCGGGUUGCCAAGGUAACCAGGCCACCCCGCUGCCCCGCCGCCUCCUGCCGCCUGACAAACCUUGCGUCGCAUCCACGGAGAGCGCCCCACCCUCCGGGCCCCCGCCGCCCGCUCCCGAGCCGCAGGACGACGCAGACCCGCCGACCAGGAUUGAUUCCUGCCGAGCGCUGACCACUCAGAUGCUGAGCUGCUUCAAGCGAACCACCCACCUCUACAGGAAGGUGAGCAGCGCUUGUUCGGAGGACGGCGACCCCGAGGAUAGGCAAAUGGCCGCUCUCCUGUCUGAAGCCCUCCAGGCCAUGAGGGCGGAGCUCCAGUCGCUGCCGUUGGGACCAGGCGGCGGCGGCGACGGCGGGACCCUUGCGGGGACGGCGGACCAGGAAAGGACGGCGGCUCUCCUGGAGGAGUACUCCAUGCUGCUUCUGCAAGCCGUUCACAGGAAGCUGGGACCCCUCCCACCCUCCUAGGACCACCACCAUCACCCCCCCCCCUUUUUUUUUUUCCUCACCAUUUUCAACAUCACUUCCUGUUUAUGGGAGAGACUUCCUGUUGACUGUGUAGAGACGACUGCACUUUGAACAAAACUUUGACCGUUAACAAUCACUUCCUGUUCUCUGGAACCGUUGAAACCAAAUGGAUGACUGACAGACAUCUGACCCCAGAGAACAAGGUGCACAAGUCACAUGACUUCUUUGGCUUUUUAAAAUGUUCUUAAAUAAAUGUUUUCAA